GGUACUUACUGCCUAAAAAUAUUUGUUGUGAAUUUUGUUAAGAACUCUAUUGUACUGGAGAUAGGUAACCCAUUGUAUAUACAUUAUUACGUAAUGAAAAGAUUAGAAACAUUAUUUAAUUAUUUUUGAUUUCUUUCUUAAUAUCAGUUUAUUUUAUAAGUAUAAUUUACCUUUUAUAACCGAUCGCAACAAUGGUUCGCUUUAGUAGUAAUAUAGUCGUGGUAUCUAUUAUUAUAGUUGGUUUUACUUUGAAUUAUGGUAGUGCAGAAAAAACAGAUCCGCCUGAUGGGAAGAAGAACCUUGAAGAGCCCAAGCCUGAAAAGGAAGUGUUAUCAAGAAAGGAGUUCACUGGGAAAGGUGCUUUCGGUGUGGGUAUUGAAAAUACAGUUGAAAUGGUGAACGGUAACCCGGUAAUCAAACAAACGCUUUUUGGUCACAUUGGUGGCCAAUUGAGUAUUUCUAGAACAUGUAAUUAUGAUCCACUUUUUUAUUUGUUUGUAUAUAUAUAUUUUAAAUAUUACCUAUGUUAUAUUUACUUUAUCGUAAGCGGGAAUUUGAGUUCAUUUGAGAACAAUAAACUCUCUGAGUGA